AUGUGUAUAGAUGAUAUUUAUUUAACAAAACCUAAAACUAAAUUCACUAUUGAAUCAGGAUAGAAUAACGAUUUCACAUUUACUUGUGCCUCUAUGUAAGGAUGGAGAAAAACAAUGGAAGAUGCAAUUAUCAAAGAAAAACUAUCAACAGGAGAAUAUUUAUUUGGAAUAUUGGAUGGACAUGGAGGAUUUGAGGUUUCCUCGGUUAUUUCCAAAUAUUUACCGCGCUUUUUGGAAUCAAAUAUAAAAUUCAGAAAUAAACAAUAUGAGGAGAGUUUGACCGAAUCCUUCAUUGAUAUUGAUAAAUGGUUAAUAACUUCCGAGGGACUUAAUGCUUUGGUGGAGGAGAGAUUUUAAAUGUCUGUUGAAGAUGUGAUCAAAAAUAUUAAGAACUAGAAGAAGCAAUUCUAUAAGCAACCUUUCGAUCUAAGUGAAUUAUCUAAAUUAGCUCCUAAGAAAAUUGUAGAAUUGAUUGGCACUUCAAUUAUUGAUGAAAGUGGUACAACUGCUAACAUAGUGUUAAUAACCAAAGAUUCAAUAUAUUGUGCAAACAUAGGAGAUUCUAGAUCUGUUGGCAUCUAAAAGGGAAAACCUAUUAUAAUGAGUUUUGAUCACAAACCUACUCAUGCAAAAGAGAGAUCAAGAAUUUGUAAUGCAGGUGGAUUUGUGGCCGAUGGUAGAGUUUGUGGAGCACUUUCACUUUCUAGAGCCUUUGGUGAUUAUCAAUAUAAGGAUGACAUGGUGAUAGCUGUCCCUGAAAUUAGAGUGUUUAAAAAUGUGCAAAUGAUUUUUAUGGCUUGUGAUGGAAUAUGGGAAGGCUUAAAUGAUUAUGGGGAGAAUCUUACUCAAAAGAUAUUCAAAAAUAACAAAGAAAGAUCUGAAGAGAAGUUAAAAUCAAUCAUGAAUCAAAUUUUAGCUCCUUCCAUGACUGAUCAAACUGUUUGGGGAUUAGAUAACAUGUCUUGCAUUCUUAUAGAAUUUAAGAACUAACAAUCUUAAAACAAUAAAAAAUCAUAAAAACCAUUAAAAAUUAAAAAGACUAUUAAAAAACAGAAAAAAUGA